AGAGCGUGCCCCCUCUGCUUCCAGGACCACCGCACUUCUAACACCUUGAGGAGUUAGGUCCGAAGGGAAGGAAAGGAGAUGAGCGAAGUUUCACGGUCCCUCGAAUCCUGAGAUCUUCCGUCCAUUCCACGGCUGCCUCACUCUCCCAACCUGCACACCGGGGUCGCCAGGUUUCUUUGCUUGCAAAGCCUGCGCGAGGGCCACAUCAAAUACCAAACCUUGGACAGGAAUCAAACGGUCACUUCCCCGCCCCCUGGGCGCAGUAUGCAAAUCCGAGCACCAGGAAGUAGCUGGGACCUCUCGGUCUAGCCCAGCGACAGCCAGUUCCUCUCCCACCGUGCGGGGCCGCGCUGCCGCUCACUCCCCGGCCGUGGCGCCUCCGGGCCGGACGCGCUGCAGCUUCCAGUCCGCCGCAGGCGGGGCAGCCGCCACCUCCGGCCUAGAGCCCGCAACCCCUUGUCACGCGUCCAGCGUUCCCCGCCCGCAGCCCCUUCCCAGGAGGGCCCUGCUGGGCUGUCCCGUGGCGCCUCCAGCUUCGAACUGAAGUCACCGUGGAGUUCCGCCGCCGCCCCGAAACUUUCACCGCGAGCGGGAAAUAUGGGAUGUAUAAAAUCAAAAAGGAAAGACAGUCUGAAUGACGAUGGAGUAGAUUUGAAGACUCAACCAGUACGUAAUACUGACCGAACUAUUUAUGUGAGAGAUCCAACGUCCAAUAAACAGCAAAGGCCAGUUCCAGAAUCUCAGCUUUUACCAGGACAAAGGUUUCAAACUAAAGAUCCUGAAGAGCAAGGAGACAUUGUGGUGGCCUUGUACCCCUAUGAUGGCAUCCACCCAGAUGACUUGUCUUUCAAGAAAGGAGAGAAGAUGAAAGUCCUGGAGGAGCAUGGAGAAUGGUGGAAAGCUAAGUCCCUUUUAACAAAGAGAGAAGGCUUCAUCCCCAGCAACUAUGUGGCCAAAGUCAACACCUUAGAAACAGAAGAGUGGUUUUUCAAGGAUAUAACCAGGAAGGACGCAGAACGACAGCUUCUAGCACCAGGGAACAGUGCAGGAGCUUUUCUUAUCAGAGAAAGUGAAACAUUAAAAGGCAGUUUCUCUCUGUCUGUCAGAGAUCAUGACCCUGUUCAUGGCGAUGUCAUUAAGCACUACAAAAUUAGAAGUCUGGACAAUGGAGGUUAUUACAUCUCUCCACGAAUCACUUUUCCCUGCAUCAGUGACAUGAUCAAGCAUUACCAAAAGCAGUCAGAUGGUUUGUGCAGAAGAUUGGAGAAGGCAUGUAUUAGUCCCAAACCACAGAAGCCAUGGGAUAAAGAUGCCUGGGAGAUCCCACGGGAGUCCAUUAAGUUGGUGAAAAGGCUCGGCGCAGGACAAUUUGGGGAAGUCUGGAUGGGUUACUAUAACAAUAGCACCAAGGUGGCUGUAAAGACCCUGAAGCCAGGCACCAUGUCUGUGCAAGCAUUCCUCGAAGAAGCCAACCUCAUGAAGACCCUUCAGCACGACAAGCUCGUGAGACUCUAUGCUGUGGUCACCAAGGAAGAGCCCAUCUACAUCAUCACUGAAUACAUGGCCAAGGGCAGUUUGCUGGAUUUCCUGAAGAGCGAUGAAGGGGGCAAGGUGCUGCUCCCAAAGCUCAUUGACUUUUCAGCUCAGAUUGCAGAGGGCAUGGCGUACAUUGAGCGGAAGAACUACAUUCACCGCGACCUGCGAGCAGCCAAUGUCCUGGUCUCUGAGUCACUCAUGUGCAAGAUUGCAGAUUUUGGCCUUGCUAGAGUUAUUGAAGACAAUGAGUACACAGCAAGGGAAGGUGCUAAGUUCCCUAUUAAGUGGACAGCUCCAGAAGCCAUCAACUUUGGAUGCUUCACUAUCAAGUCGGAUGUAUGGUCCUUUGGAAUUCUCCUGUAUGAAAUUGUCACCUAUGGGAAGAUUCCCUACCCAGGGAGAACCAACGCUGACGUGAUGACGGCACUGUCUCAGGGCUACCGGAUGCCCCGCAUGGAGAACUGCCCGGAUGAGCUCUACGACAUCAUGAAAAUGUGCUGGAAAGAAAAGGCAGAGGAGAGGCCCACGUUUGAUUACUUGCAGAGCGUCCUGGAUGACUUCUACACCGCCACAGAGGGGCAGUAUCAGCAGCAACCCUAGCGCCUGGGAGGCUUCACUCAGUGAUGGGAAGAAGUAAUGGACACUGGUCACACUGGUUAUUUCACAUACUGGGAUCAUCUGCACGCCUGGCUCCUGAAAACAGAGGCUAAAUCAUGCAGGAAGAACACCUUUGACACGGGAAGUAUUCCGUUCUCUUAGGCUGCUGCCCACCGGGAUGCAGCUUGGACUGCGCCUCAGCUAGUCAUCUUGUUCUGCCUGACCAACAUCAGAAUAUCACCUUCAGAGAAGACAGCUGUUCUCCCCAGCAGUGCAUCCACACUGGGCCUGCAUUCACAGUUGGCUGUGUGACUCAAAGGUUCAGAGGCCAUUGCAACCAAUCCCUGGUAGUAGUAGAACUAAAUUCACUUAUAAAGCAAAAAUAACCAGAUGCAUGCAUGACACUUCUUUGUAUUUUCUCUAUGC